AUUACGUCAUGCAGUAACUACAUAUUUGAAACAGUUACACUGGUAAUCGUUGUAUUAGUCACACUUGGUAUGAUUUUCUUUGAAGUUGUUGUGGACACAAUACGUGUUAUAGAUUUAUUUCCUCGAAUUAGAAAAUUUGGGGAUUCAUUGAUGGUGGUGCAAGAGUUCAACUCAGCCGCGUAGAAAAACUGAAUUCGCAUCACUAUCAUGAAAUUUUUACCAGCUGCUUUGGUAUUCAUCUUAUCAUUAGCUUGUACUCUUGCUGAUCCAUAUUUAGACUCGACAGAAAAAGGCAACGAAAGAUGCAACCCAUCACAUCCAGCCCAGAAACAUCCUGAACAGAAAAUUUGUGGAUUCAUUGAUGGCGAAGAAAGAGCUAAACUCAGCUGCGUGGAAAAAUGUUUUUUGAACUGCCUUCUCCAAAAAGGUCACUUGCUUAUAAUACCGCAUUUCCUUCGUGGACUAAAACCAUUCCUAUCUUUGUAGAGAUGAGUCAUAAUAAGUUCAGUGGAGUGUUGUAUGAUAAAUAAUGUAGUACGAGAAUUAUAAAAUUAUUUGCCAAAGUUGACAUGGUGACGAGUAUUUGGCUAUUUUCCAUUAAAAUACGUAGAUACCAAAAUAUGCAAAUGUGUCAUUCCGUAGGUAAUGAGCUCAUUUGGUCGUUUUUAUUUAUCGAGAUAAUCGUUUUUUUUAGUGAAAAAGUCGAGAAAAUCGAUAAGGUAAACCCGGGUGAGAUCCCGCACUUUCAAUUUGGGUAUGUUGGCAACACUGAUUCGAAAAUCCAACAGUGUAGAAAGAAACAUACCUUACCCAACUAUGUUACAGGCAACAAAAAUAUUCCGCCAACCUAACAUAUUGUGGAAAACCUUGAAGUUGAAAAGUGAUGACAUUUUUUGAAAAAUCAAUUUUCAUGAUUUAAAAAAAAAAUCCUUCAAAAUACAUUCUGAAAUUGGUUUUUAAAUAUGUAGUCCAAUGGUAAGUACAUUCAAUACAUAUUAAUUUGAGCUAUACAACUUUUUCCAUAUCAAAUGAUUUGUGAGAUCAAUUUAUGAAAAAUGAAAAAGUCUCAAAAUGGGAGAGAUGCCGCACAUGCGUGGAGGGAGAGAUGGCUUAUGAAAAUUUCAUAGUUGUAAUAAUGUUUUUCAUUUUUAUAAUGGAAUUUUUUAAGUUUAAGCUCACUAGACACAUCCAACACAGAAGACUACUUUUGUGACUUCUGCUCAUCCUAAAUUUCAAAAAAAUGUUUAAUACGUUUUCAAUUAUUUACAAGUAAAAUUCCAUAAGCCGUCUCUCCCAUGUGUAUGGGAGAGAUGGCCAAAAUUUUUUUUUUAUUUUUCAAAAAAAUUGAAAAAUUAUUGACCAAAAAAAAAUUGUUUACAGCCAUAAGUAUAGAACCUGUAUGUAGUACUUUUACAAAGUAUCAAAUUUUUUCAAUCAUUUUUGCCGAAUUUACGAAGCUUCUAAGAAUGGUGCGUCAUCUUACCCGGGUUUGGAGGUUUUGAUGGAUUUCAAUGUAGAACAUAUCCAACUAUCGCGUGUUAAAGUAUCAAGGCCGCAGGUGCGCCCCAAGCGGAGAAAAACGGAACUAAAGUUUUUCUAAAAAGGGUCCAUUUGGUCAAUUUUGUAUUUUUGCGGUAAAUUCGCUUCCGAAAAAAUACCCUCCGAAUUAUACUGCACUUAGUCGCCAGUGGCAACAUGUAUACCACUCAAAAACACAAUUUUUCUAGCUGCAGCGGUAGCUGUGUGGCAUUAGUAAUGGUUUACUGAACCGGAAGUAUGGGUUCAAAUCACACCUUUGGAAGAAAUUUUUGAAAUUUUUUUUUUUACAAUUUCUAUUUUUCGUUGCUUUAUUAGGAAAAGGUCGUAACCACAAUUUUUAUAAAAAAUGAGAUAUUGGUACCAUUGGAAAGAGAAUUUUGUCCUCUACAUGAUGCAACACUUGAAAUUGAAUUUCGAUGUUUUUUGUUCUCGUAAUAGCCGAAAACAAAUGGUUUUAAAUACACGUUUUCAAAACCGUUACAAUGAAAAGUUUCUAAAAUGAUAUUGUUUCUCAGAUUGAACCUAUUUCUUUUGAUUUUUGUAAUUUGUUGAUAAGAAAAGUCAUUAUAAACACAUAAUUUCACGUAAUUUCACUGAUAAAUUGCAGAAAAUCAACCUCAUCACCUUAAGGAUAUCGUUCCUGUGUAUUUCUUAUGGGCUUUUGAUGAAAAAAGCUUGACUUAAGGUGAAAGUUCCUUUGUUGAAUUUUACUUUUUUCAGUUCAGAGUUCCUCAAAUAAAAAAAUGAAAAAUCAGUGCUACCAGGAUGUUUAUUUUGAAAAUUAGCAGGAAAAUGAUUGCAAUAACCAAAUGUUCUCUUACCUCAUCUAAAACUAUCAAGUGUACUUGAUAGAAUGCUCUUUAAAAAUUGAAAUGCGUUUUCUGAGAAAUCAACUUUCAUGUAGUUACGACCUUUUCCUAAUAAAGCAACGUUUUACAAGUUGAAUUUUGACAGAAAAUGUAAUUUGAUUAUUUUCUUCUGCUUUUGAACAGAGUAAGGAAUUUUUAUGCAAAAUUUUAAUUCAUUAAAUCAUUGUUUUUUAAGCUUAAAAUGUUCAUAAACAUGAAAUGAUUGAGUAAAAAAAAUCGCUAUUGCAGGUGGGUAGUAAUAUUUGACAUCAGAAACAAUAGAUCUUCAAUUUUAGGUAUAAAGGUUUUGGGAUUACACGAAAUUUCAGCUUUUUUCAGAAAAAAAACUUUGAAGGCAAUUUUCUCAAAAGUUGAGCUUUUCAAAUUUUAGAUUAUGGAUUUUUUUUGGAGGUUUUUUUGCACUUUUUGGUCUUCUAUCCAGCUCAUAUGAUUGGUCCGGAGGUCUACUACUUCACCCCCCCCGCACAUAACUUAAUAUCGACCAAAUUGGCCCAUUACCUGCAGAAUGACACAAAUAGUGAGCCGCCGUUUGGAAUGCAUUGAAAAUUGACCACAUUGAUGGAACAAAAACUCAAAAACAAAGCUUUGAGGUCACUCCACAGCAUUUAUACUGGUGUCACUGAAGUGAAUGAUUGUGUUCCUACUACAAUACGUGUGCAGUUUUCAGGAAUAGAAACACAAAUAUGGUGAAAAUUUAUGACAUCUCCGAAGCAUGCAAAAAACACAUGAUGACUAUGGCAACAUUAUUUCUAGUGGAAAAUGUUGAUACUGUGAUAUUUUGUACAAAUGAAACUUCAUGGAACCAUCUAUCGAAUGUACGAGUGAUUCCACAGGGCCCGCUGGAAAAGUACCCAAGUGACAAUUUACUAAUCGUUGAAGAGCUAUUUUUGGAAAUAUUUCGUCUUUUGGACAUCGAUAUAAAUGUGUAUUUCAGAUUAGUACCAAACACUGUUCAUAGUUAUGAUGUUAUUCUUUCUAAAAUGCCUAUUAAAGUGGAGAACUUAAUAAUGGAUGUCUAAGAAGCAACAUUCUUGAUCCAUAUAAAUGUAUAAUUUAAACUACGCAUUUAAAAAUAAGUAAAUUUCUUAUUAUUCCAGAAAACAACGACGAGUGAAAUUGUUUUUUUUUUUUUUUGAUAACUCUGGGACUGAUACUUUCCGGAAUGUGUGAUAUCGGAGUGGAAGUUAUUACCUUGUUCAUUUAACCCAUUUCAGUAAUGAAGGUACACAUUUGAAAAAAAAUCAAUUCCAUUUAAAAUCCUGAUUGACUUGUGGUAUAUUAAGGAAAAAUUCACGAAAGGGGUUUUUCAAAAGGUUCGGCGUGUUAAAGGAAAUAGGUAAGGAAUAAAUGAGACAUGGGAAUAGGAUUCAGGGAGAUAGGUAAAUACAGGAAAGGCAAAUAGGAACCUGCCUAACCGUAGCUAAUCGAAGAGAAUUUGAAUCUGUAGGUAUCGAAAAAAAGAUAAUAGGGAACAAUUAUAUUUACAGAGAUAGGUGAACCUAUCGAUUGCCAAAAACAUAAAGUGGGACUAUAACCCUUUUUGAGAUAGAUUGGAUUCUAUUCGAACCAUCGAUCAGAUCUAAUUAAAAUAAGUCUAAUUUCAUCUCGAUUAAAUAAAUACCUAUAAUAUCAAUACCUUGACGAUUUCGAUUUUAUUCACAACGAAGUCUUUCACACAGACUAUAUCAUAGACUUAAGUGGGAGAAUUCGAACCCUAAGAGCUCUAUUAUUCACACGAAAUCAUACUCGAAUAAAAAAUCAAUUCUACAAAAGAUUCAAAUCAUUAUAAUUCGAUUUUAAUUAACAAUUCGAACGUUAUCCAAACGCAGAAAAAUAAAAAAUAUUCAAAAAGCGCGAAAGCACACAAACGAAAAAUUAUAACUUCCUUCUAUCAUCGAAAAUUGCAUAAUAAAACAAAACCCUAUUCGCUAUAGGUAGAAUCGUACUUAGCGUCCGAAAGCUCUCAUCUUUCCCACUCUCUUGGCUUCGACCUUGGUCCAGACAAAGCUUUUAAUAUGUGAUAGGUCUAUGCCUAACAAAUAUAUCAAGGCAUAAUGAGACCCAUACCCCAGACUAUACUGCUUCUUACAUUUUUGCUACAAUGUUGCAACACUGGAAGAAGUACAUAUCCUUUACCUAAACGUUGGCAAAAAACAAAAAAAAAGGUCGGUUAAAAACUGCCACAGAUGCUCGUACUUACAAAUUUUCAACAAAAAUGUCAAUUUCUUCACUUUUUGGAGGGGUUAAGGGUAAACUGGUGAUCUGAAAAUUUUGUCAUGGGAAUUUUAGACUCCAAAUAGGUACAUAGAAUACUGGCUGUUUUUUCGUGGAAAUGAUAAUUUUCGCCCGGCGGCUUGAAAACAAGAACUCUCUAGAAUUAUAUGAUCAACUCAAAAUAUUUUUCGAUCAAACAUUUACUUAAUAUGAUUUUAUUCUAAGAAGUGUUUUUAAUGUUUUUAAAUUUAGGUAAGUAGGUCUACACAGCGAGUAUUUUUUCAAUAAAUGGGCAUUCAAAGAGUUUUUCAACAAUGAGUACUGUUACACCAUGAAUGUAACUAAAAUAGAGUAGGUAAGCACCUAUUUCAUAAUCACACAACACAAUUAAAAGUUGAAGGCACUUUUUUGUACUGUUUAGACUUUGUUUCUGAAAAUUACUUUUUUAAAUACACAUUUCCACAAGAAACGUAUAAAACCUGCCUAUAAUUCUAGAAAUGGCCAUGGGAUUAGUGGGCCAAUAAACCAAAAUAAAAUUAGUUCGCCAAAAUAAUGAACUUAGGUAUUUUGCUAGCUACGUGUUAAUAAGUGCCGUGUAAAGUUUAUUGCACAGUACGUGGUGUAGAUUCAUCAUCUCGGGGAAUUUCACUCUACCAGGAAGAAAUUUUACAGCGACACAAUUUGACGAUAGAACUUUGAUACCUGCCCAUCAGUCAAUUCUUCGCAAGCUACGUGAAAAGAUUUGAAAUAUGCGUUUUCUCUGGAAAUUUGGUUUCGGCUUGAUGAUUUUAUUUUUGAAUAACCAAUUAUUUUCAACAGCUCAGUAUGUUGAUGAUGAGCGUACAACCGAAACUCCUACCGAUCGUACCGAUGAUCCUCGUCCGCGUCCCAAACCUGAGCCUCGUCCCACAAAAGAUCCUCGUCCUGGUCCCCAACCUGGUCCCCAACCUGGUCCUCUUCCCCUACCGGAUCCUGGUCCCAGAGAAAGUCGUCGUAUCGAUGAAGAUUAUAGGUCUCCAUACUAUUGGGUUACCGCAACCAACGGAAAAAUUCCACCAGACGCAGUUGUAGCAGGUGUAGACGCCGACGGUGGGCUCUUGUAUGCAGGUAGAACUUUACACAAAGGCAACAUUCUGCCUUGUAAAAUCGCACCUUCACGCUACGAAGCUUCUUUUUCAUACAACAGAGAAGAACUUCCCACAUUCGUUUACGAAGUUCUCUGCGGCUCGAAAAUUGCCUGGCAGAGCGCAUCAAAUGGCAAAGUACCGAAAAAUGCUAUAAUAGGGGGAUUAACAAGUGGUGGAGAAAAACUGUAUAUUGGCAGAGCUUUUUACGCAUGUUCACUGACUCCGGGAAAGAUUCAUCCGAGUCAUAAUCGCUUAUACAUUCCAUUUGACCGUGAAGAAGUCGCUCAAAAAGUUUAUGAAGUUGCAGUGCAUUUAUGAAUAUCCAGUGAAAUCAUUGAGAUUUUCAAGAACUCGCCUUUAUUUCACGAAUGCUGGAAAAAGAUCUAAUUAUGUACUCAGUAGGUACUCACUUAUUUACGAGUGUCUAACCACAUGUUUGAUACACGUAGAAACGAAUAAAAAAAAUACCCAUUAA